CUCUGUCCUCUUACCUUCUCAAGUUGGCCAGGUUUCUUCAUUACGGUUCCCUUUCACUCAGGGACAAGCUCAGCAAGGUUAUGACAUAGCAGCACGUUUCGAAUUCACUUCAAAAUGCAGAUCAUAAGGAGCGAGACAAUAAAAUGCACAAGCAUGCUUCUCUGUGGCUUACUGCUAAUCUACUGCCAGAUCACACAUGUUGGGGCUCAAGACACAUAUGUGGCAGAGGUGAUGAUCGAAGGGAACGCAACCAUGGAUGUAUCUGGAUUCAUAUCUGAAAUGAUCAUGGACAUCACAACCACCACGUCCAUCGUGGACGCUGAAAUAAUCGGCGAAUGUGAGCUCGUUGGUGAUGAGACAACAUGCUGGUGUGAGCCUAAUUACAUUUGGAGUGACCUAGUGUGCGACACUUUCACUACCUGCUGCAACACUAUACAGUGUGUGGCGAAUGUCUCCGAUUUCACGCCGAUGUGUGUUCCCCAAGUGAACGUUACUCUUUAUGGAGUCCUCACCAUGUCCUCCGUAACCACCCUUCACACGCAGCUGGAAGCUGAGUUCAAGCUGCUGAAUGGGUUCAACACGUUCACCAGUCUAAUAAUUACUGGCGGUCAGACUUUCACUGUGAGUCUCAAUGCCACGUGUAAAUCUGCGAAGCUUCAAAACAUAAUCUCAUACAUGAUAACGACCUACACGUACAUUACAAAUUUCAACAUUACAACGACAGGAAUGGCCAGUAUCGAAAUUCCUCAGGGGAAGGUGUGUUAUAAUUCACAGUACAAACUGAACUGCAGCACAGAGGAAACCAUGGAGACGUGCACAUGGAUGAUUGCUUAUCCUAACCAGUACCCACAGAUAAUUGGGGUAGGGUCAGAAGUGGAACUACUGCCUUGUUCAAACCAAUCAUCAAUCAACCUUCUGAACAUAAAAGGGAAUUGGGCAGGAACAUACACCUGCCUGUUUACUAAUGGGUCAGUGUCACAUUCAGCCUCAGGACUUCUUGAGGUCGCCCUCUUACCAGAUAAAAUUAAUAUCACCAGCAUGCCACCAACUGCAGAUUGUUCUGUGGGUUCAUCCACGUCAGUUAUCGUGACAUGUUCCAUCUUUCCGAGUCAGGAAAAUUACACAGUUAUGAUAAACAAUUUACCAGUACAGACGACAGUGACCCCCCUAAUACAAAACUACACUCUAACUGUGCCCAUCAACUGCGUGGCAGAACCGAUACCAUCAGCCAGUGCUCUGUGCCAGUUCACAAACUCUUUAAACCAGAUAAAAAUCACCAAUACAACCAUACCAAUAAUAUACCCUGGGGAUCCAUUUUGUCAAGAGAACGGCACAUGGCCAAAAACCAAGGGUGCAGAAGUAGCAACUAUACUCUGUACCGAAGCGGGUAGAGUAGGAAAUAUGGAGCGAAUGUGCAACGGCACAGUAUGGGCUGACCCAGUUGAUCUUUGCACUAAAGAAACACUGAACCUAUUACUCACUGCAGCAUCGGAUUUUGAACAAGGUAUUGGGGCCACAACAGAGGGCGCAAUUCUCAUAUUUGAAAGUCUAAAGAAUGGUACUUCGACCACAAACUCCUACGGUGAUGUAAUGGCCACUGUUUCUAUUUUUACAUCAAUGAGCCUUGCGUCCGGAAGAGUCACACUGACCGAUUCCCUACUGCCAAAUUUCAUCGAGUCUGCAAGCAGUGUGCUGAACACGACCUGGACAUCAGGAAAUGUAAAGCGUGACUAUAAAAUCGCUACCACAUAUCUAUCGUCUGUUGAGAACCUGGUGAAAAACAUUCAAGUUAAUGAGAGCGAGGGACAUAAUUCUUCAAACAUCCAACUUCAAUUCUGCCGGAACAACACCGUCUGCAAUAAAACCCUUUUCAAUGUAGAGCUUGAACUGAACUCAACUUCUUCUUUGGUGAAAACGAUGGGAAUUCAGAGCAUGGCAGCACGUCUCCCAAGGGGCAUUUAUCAAGAUGCAAUAUUUCCGUCCCUAGUUGUCAGUGCUGUAAUCGAAAACAACGGCCCUGUAAACAUCAGGAUGGCUUAUCCAAUACCUGAAAAUGAUUCUGCUGGCAACUCACCAUCCUGCAUAUUUUGGAACAUGACAGAAAAUCAAUGGUCACAGGUCGGCUGUACCCUGGUACAAAGUUCUGAGAACAUGAGCUACUGUGAUUGCGAUCACCUGACCUCCUUCUCUAUGCUGUUGUCCAAGACCCCUGUUAACCUGCCUUUCCUAGACCAGUUAACUUACAUUGGGUUGGGAAUCUCCAUCUGCUCCCUGAUAGUCUUCCUCAUCAUUGAAUUCUUGGUAUGGAACGCAGUGGUCAAGUCCAACCUCUCUCACUUCCGUCACACUUCCCUGGUCAACAUUUCUCUGUGUCUCCUCAUAGCUGACUGCAGCUUCAUUGCCUCGUCCUUCCCGAACAUUCUGAAUGACACUUUAUGUCUUAUGUUGACAAUCGCGAAGCAUUUCUUCUUCCUGGGCAUGUUUUUCUGGAUGCUCUGCUUGAGCAUGAUGCUCCUCCAUCAGCUCAUUUUCGUCUUCAAUCCACUGAGAAAAAGCGUGUACAUGCCUCUCGCCAUCAUUGUUGGGUACUUUUUCCCAACGGUGAUCGUGGGAGUGACCUAUGUGUACUACAACAACAGAAAAGAUGUAACCUACUACAGCCGUGCUACCUGCUGGCUGACGUAUGUAUCAUCAAUGCAAGGGUCCCUCUACUCGUUUCUCCUCCCUAUCGGCUUCGUUGUGUUCGCCAACUUAUGCUCAAUGGUGGUGGUCAUUUCAACUGUCAUGAAGCCUGCUGCAACCGAGAACACCAAAAAGGAUGACAAAGAGGCAGCCAAGAGUGUCAUCAAAGUGAUCGUUUUUCUAACACCAGUUUUUGGAGGGACCUGGAUUUUAGGGCUUUUUGUGUUUCUGAUGAACGACAACAAGUUCACCAAGGUUUUAAUCAAUUAUGCCUUCACCAUUGUUAACUCCUUACAGGGAUUGUUCAUUUUGCUGACUGGAUGUUUUGGAGAAAAAAGAGUUCGAGAUGAAAUUGUGAAACUCAUUUCAUCUAAGGGAUCCAAAAGCGAAAGCAAGACGAACCUGACUUCACGUCAAAAGUGAAGGGAUUAAACUAGAAUAGAUCGAGGGCUGAAGAUGUACCAAUUUUACAGCAGGAGUACACAAUGCGACAGACACAAUGGAGACACACACAAUGGAGAGCAACAGACACAAUGGACCUGCAGGAUGCUGCACAGCACAAUAAGUUCAUCACAGAAGAUAAUAGAGACUCAUUUAGCAAAUAUCCGACACCACUAGCAUCCAUGCUGCAGUAAACGCUUUGCAUUAGCAGGUUCAGGUCAAGUGAUUUGAUGGAGUUCCCUUACUGACAGCAGAUUUUAAUUUAAAUUAGAUCUCUUUGUCAAAGAGCUGAUACUGUGUGCUUUAUAUAUACACACGUUUUCACCUUUUCAUGCCUUUUACCUGUAGUUUUGCUUUGUGUUCUUUUGCUAUUCUGAAAGCAGUCUCCCUGCAGUAAUAUAAUUGUUCAAAGUAUAUAUAUAUUGUACAAAGUAUGUUUUUUUCUUCCUAAACAUAGAAUGGACACUUAUACAGUUAAUAAAAUUGUCAAUAAUACCUAGCAAAAUAUUUUCCAGUUUGCACUUUCUGCAUUUAGCGUAUGGUAAAAAUGUCAGCGAAAACAUGUUUAUGAAAAACAUAUGGGAUUUGUUUGUGUUUAUUUAUGAACAUAGAAUAUAAUUGCACACAGAAUUUCACAAAUUACCAAAUAAACCCAUAUUUCUGCCUCA